AUGGAAAAUCACAAGAACCAAACUGUUUCUGUUGAACCUCAAAGAGAAAGAACAAAACUUCCGAAUUUUCUUAUAUCAGUUAAGCUUAAGUAUGUGAAACUAGGUUACCAUUACUUAAUCUCAAAAGCUAUGUACCUUUUACUCAUACCACUUUUUGGAGCAGCUUCAGCUCAUUUAUCAACAAUCUCAUACCAUGAUGUUAUUCAGCUUUAUGAGAAUCUCAAAUUCAAUCUCAUAUCAGUAACUCUAUGUUCUAGUCUUAUGGUGUUUCUUGUCACACUUUAUUUCAUGAGUCGUCCUAGAGGUGUUUACUUGGUUGAUUUUGCAUGUUAUAAACCAAAACAAGAUUAUAAAUGUACCAGAGAGAUUUUCAUGAAUAGGUCUGAGUUAACAGGUACUUUUUCUGAUGAGAAUUUAGCUUUUCAGAAAAAGAUACUUGAGAGAUCUGGUUUAGGACAAAAGACUUCUUUGCCACCAGCAUUGUUGACUGUUCCACCAAACCCUAGUAUGGCUGAAGCAAGGAAAGAAGCUGAGGAGGUUAUGUUUGGUGCUAUUGAUCAGCUUUUGGAGAAAACUGGAGUUAAGGCUAAGGAUAUUGGGAUUUUGGUUGUGAAUUGUAGUUUGUUUAACCCUACACCUUCUCUUUCUGCUAUGAUUGUGAAUCAUUAUAAGUUAAGAGGGAAUGUUCAAAGCUAUAAUCUUGGUGGUAUGGGCUGUAGUGCUGGACUCAUCUCUAUUGACCUUGCUAAGCAGCUUCUUCAGGUUCAUCCAAACUCUUAUGCCUUAGUGGUAAGCAUGGAGAAUAUCACACUCAACUGGUAUUUUGGCAACAACAGAUCAAUGUUAGUCUCAAACUGUCUCUUCAGAAUGGGAGGAUCCGCAAUUCUCCUCUCCAACAAACCAUCUGACAGCAAAAGAGCCAAAUACCAACUGAUCCACACCGUCCGGACUCACAAAGGCGCAGACGACAAAUCCUACGGCUGCGUCUUUCAAGAAGAAGACGAGAAGAGAUCAGUCGGUGUAUCACUCUCAAAAGAUCUAAUGGCAGUCGCCGGAGAAGCACUUAAAACAAACAUCACAACACUUGGUCCAUUAGUCCUACCUAUGUCGGAACAGCUUCUGUUUUUCGCGACUUUGGUUGCAAGAAAAGCCUUCAAGAUGAAAAUAAAACCCUACAUUCCUGAUUUUAAGUUAGCUUUUGAGCAUUUUUGCAUUCAUGCUGGUGGAAGAGCUGUUCUGGAUGAAUUAGAGAAAAAUCUUGAUCUUAGUGAUUGGCAUAUGGAGCCAUCAAGGAUGACACUUUAUAGAUUUGGUAACACUUCUAGUAGUUCAUUGUGGUAUGAAUUGGCUUACACUGAAUCUAAAGGUAGAAUUAGAAAAGGUGAUAGAACAUGGCAAAUUGCAUUUGGUUCUGGAUUUAAGUGUAAUAGUGCUGUGUGGCGCGCGUUGAGGACCGUUGAUCCUGCUAAGGAGAAGAAUCCAUGGAUGGAUGAGAUUCAUGAGUUUCCUGUUCAUGUGCCUAAAGUGGAAACUGUUGGGAAAACAAGUUAG